GCACUUCACGGCGGAGGGAUUCAGACGCGCGGCGCGGGGAGGGUUUAAAGGAGGAAGGAAGCCAUUUUGGAGCUUCGACUUAGAAAAACGCACGGAGAAGAAACAAAAAAAAAUAAGAAGAAAAAAAAAAGGAUUUAAAAAAACGAAAGAAAAAAAAAAAAGAAUGAAUAAUAGUGACAAAUGAUCCAUCAACGACGAGACACAGUCUGAAGAGGAGGACAUCGCGGCGCUGAGGAAUCGGAAGUGAUCGGGCCGCGGGGUUGCUUUGACAGAUCUUAAGUCAAAUCUACAUCCGAGGGCUUUUUCUUAUAAAGAAAGUUAAUUUGGUGCAUCAGAACAAGUGACUUCACUUUCAAAGACUUUAACAAGAACAAGCACUUGUUUGCGUUGCAAUAACAAGGACUCAUAUAUUGAGCAAGACUUUAUCUCUUCAUUUUGAAGAGUCCUAUAAACUGUUAUUACAGUCUCUGUACUGACUCUCAAACUUUGAAGUUGAAAAAAACUUUCAAAGGGACAAUUUAAUAGAAAACAAAAUGAGCACCACAAGAACAGAGAACCCUGUUUUAAUGGGUCUGUCCAGUCAGAAUGGGCAAUUGAGGGGCCCAGUGAAACCUAAUCCGGGUCCUGGAAGCGGGGGAACACAGACACAGCAAAUAAGCCAGCUGAAAAACGCCAGCACAAUCAAUAAUGGAAGUCAGCAGCAAGCACAGAGCAUGAGCAGCGCUAUUAAACCUGGUGAUGACUGGAAGAAGACAUUAAAACUCCCACCAAAAGAUAUGCGAAUAAAGACUUCGGAUGUCACCUCCACAAAAGGCAAUGAGUUUGAAGAUUACUGUUUAAAACGCGAGCUGCUCAUGGGGAUUUUUGAAAUGGGAUGGGAGAAACCAUCUCCAAUACAGGAGGAAAGCAUUCCCAUAGCAUUGUCUGGUAGGGAUAUCUUGGCUAGAGCUAAAAACGGAACUGGCAAGAGUGGAGCCUACCUCAUUCCCUUACUUGAACGGCUAGACCUAAAGAAGGACUGCAUACAAGCAAUGGUGAUUGUACCCACUCGAGAACUUGCGCUUCAGGUCAGUCAGAUCUGCAUUCAAGUCAGCAAGCAUAUGGGAGGGGUCAAAGUUAUGGCAACAACCGGAGGAACCAAUUUAAGAGAUGACAUAAUGAGACUGGAUGAUACAGUUCAUGUGGUGAUUGCUACUCCAGGAAGGAUUCUGGAUCUUAUCAAAAAAGGUGUAGCUAAAGUCGACCACAUUCAGAUGAUAGUUCUGGAUGAGGCGGAUAAACUGCUCUCUCAAGAUUUUAUGCAGAUAAUGGAAGACAUAAUUAGUACGCUACCUAAGAACAGGCAGAUCCUUCUGUAUUCAGCCACAUUUCCCCUCAGUGUACAGAAAUUUAUGUCCUCACAUUUACAGAAACCCUAUGAAAUUAACCUGAUGGAGGAACUUACACUGAAGGGGGUAACGCAAUACUAUGCCUAUGUGACAGAAAGGCAAAAAGUUCACUGCUUGAAUACACUUUUUUCAAGACUCCAGAUAAAUCAGUCAAUAAUCUUCUGCAACUCCUCUCAGCGGGUGGAGCUAUUGGCCAAGAAAAUCUCUCAGUUGGGCUAUUCCUGCUUUUAUAUCCAUGCUAAGAUGAGACAGGAACACAGGAAUAGAGUUUUCCAUGAUUUCAGAAAUGGAUUGUGCCGUAACCUUGUUUGCACUGACUUGUUUACCCGUGGUAUUGAUAUCCAAGCUGUGAAUGUGGUGAUAAACUUUGACUUUCCAAAGCUGGCAGAGACCUAUCUUCAUCGCAUAGGCAGAUCAGGUCGCUUUGGCCACCUUGGACUUGCCAUUAACUUGAUCACCUAUGAUGACAGAUUUAACCUAAAAAGUAUUGAAGAACAACUGGGAACAGAAAUCAAACCCAUACCCAGCAGUAUCGACAAAAGCCUGUAUGUGGCAGAAUAUCACAGUGAAUCUGGAGAAGAAAAGCGUUAACCUGCAUGCUAUGACUGACCCCGAGAAGAGUUUGACCAUGCAUCCUUUUCUUGAUGAGGGUUUCUUUCCCGUUCACCUGCCUCCCAUUGUUUUUUUUUUUUCUUCUGCCUUCUGGAACACUGACCAGCAUAAUAUCAAGCCUGGAGAUCCCCCACAAUUAUUUGAUCCCCAUUGUUUGCACUGUGCACCCACAAAACUCAUUGUUGCACUUAAUUUUCUCACUUUAAAUCCCAUGGAAGAAGGAAAGCAUACUGGAAUCUGCUGUUCAAUUUUCUGCUGAAGACCCUUGCACUAUUAUAGGCUUUUCAUGUCUGCAUUUCCCCGACCCAUUAAGAUUCAACUGGUUCAGCAAUGCAAUAUUCAAUUUCAGUCCCUCCUUUUAGACUUUGCAAGUACUUAACACCACCAAUGUUUAUGUUGCAUCCUCUUGUGGCAGUGUGGAGUUUGUCUAAUUUUUUUUUAUUUUUUCCCCCUCAUAACGCAAACUAUUUUACGUGUGCGAGAAGUGCCUUAUGCUACAAGACCAUUCAAGGUUUUCUUCACUGCAGCCCUUUAUAAGAAAAUACUCAUUUCAUAGCAUUUUUUUUUUUUUUUUUUUAUAAAUAACCUUGAACAUCUGCAGACCACUAAGCUGGUGCUUUUAGAUCAAAACUGCUAGCGGUGUAACUCUUCCACUUGUAUAUUUGUCCUCUCACUAUUUUCAUCUGGAAUGCAAGAGAUUGCAAAGUACGGGGGUUCCAAUAGCUUGUAAAUAUGUAUACCUGUCAUGACACAAGCAAAAAACCCAGUCAGAAGACGGGCUUUAAAGUGCAAGCUCCAGACACUUAUUCGACACCUUUAAGGCAGAUGCUGGUUUGUUUAGUUUCCAGUCAAACACUAAAUGAGGUGUUUUUUCUUUCUCCAAUUUUCAGCAACAUUUUUGUUUUCAGAUUUAUUCCAAAGCCAUACCCCCUCUAAAAUAAGAUAAGAGAAAUCCCUUGCAUGAGGGGUAUGGGGGUAAUUUAGGAAAUUUGUUGUGUAUACUUGUAUAAAAAUGUAAAUAAUUUAGUUUUUUUGGGGGGGGGGGGGGGGGGUGUGGAAGAAUAAUUUUUUAUUUUCUCAAUGAUGGUUUGUUGAAGGUUUCUUUAUGUUUAGGAUUGCAGCUUAAGUUGAGAGAGGUUCAGUUUAUCUCAACAUUUUAGAGUGCGCAGUCUAAAAUUGAGGAGGUUAAAUGCAAUCUAAUCCUUUGUUCUAAUAUGAAGAGAUUCCUUUGACUUAAGUGAAAUUUCCUCCUCGUUUCUUACUGCUUUAGGCCACCUAAGUAAAAGAUAAGUGUAAAAAAAAAAAACAACAAAAGCUCUGAUUUCAAAUCCCAGAAUGUGGCACAUGGUGUAGUUUACUUUAAUUUUGGGGAGGUUGGAAAUGUUGUUUUGAACUGAGCCUCUCCCAGCAUGCUAGAUGCUUGGCCUUAUGUACAGGCAAAGUGAGUGAGGAACCAUCACUUGUUUUUAAUUUCAUUGUCCCGACAUCCAAGCCACCUGGGUUGUGCAGUAUUGUAUCAAUCUUUACCGUAAUAAAGCUUGUCCCCUCUUAGUUGAAGCCUGCUAGCACAGAACCUAGCAUUUAAUAUUGCACAUCCAGGUGUAUGUAGAAGCACAGCUACUUAUACAAAAUAUUCGGAGCACGAACCUUCAGUAAUGCAAGAGAACAAUUGGCUUAUGUUUUUUUUGUUUUUUUGUUUUUUGUUUGUUUUUUUAGAGGUGGGGUAGAUUAUUUAAUACUUCUAUUUAACAGAAUGAUCUGAUAACUCUGCUACUGAAGGGGAGUAUUCUAAGGCAAUUUCUUUUCCAUGUUGGAUCAUGGUGCAAUAAGUAACCUCCUCUUGCCCAGUUCUGUUUUAUAUUGCACCUGUCAUUGUGCAAUUCUGUGCCACUGCAAUCAUGAAGUGCAGUGUUUUGCUGGUGCUAAAUCCAUGAUCCAUAAAUGAAUUAGACUUUAUUUUCCCCAUCAAACUACUCUAGAAGUGUCAAUACCCUGCUUUUACAUUGCACAGAAGGGUUUGACUUUUUGAGCCCUAUAGGAAUAGAUUGGCAGCACUUUGGAAAAAGCUGUCUCGGGUGCAGAUAUGCCAAGAUUCUGCUCAAAAGAGUAAUUGAAAGAUGCUCUGAAAUACUUUAAAUUUUAAGAUUUUUUUUUCUCCUUUUAUGUAUAAAAUACCUCAGUCAUAUUCAUUGCAGUCUUCCAAGCUUUGGCAGCAAGCUGAUCUAAUGUAGAGUCCAAAUAUCCAUUUUCCAAGUGAACAUGACUGCAAUUGAUGAGCUGUGACAUGAUAGAAUGGCAGCAUGAGUUAGAGCGGAUUCCCCGUCUGCCAGAGGAGCUUCCAAACCCUAAUGAUGUAUGGCUCCACAUAAUACCAUGAAAAUGUUCAUGGCUGAAUUUGACUAAUCCCAAGGUUGGGUAUGGGAGCAUGGAACAGUUUCCUCCUUUUCUUUUCUUUUUUUUUUUUUUUUAAACCCUCCUGGAAUGAGAUGGGAGCAUCUUUCAAUUGUAAGGAUAAAAUCUUAUCCUCCUUAACAAAGCAUCCAGUUAAAAUAAGGUAUUACUGUUCAGUGUUUAAACCUAUUAAAAUCCUGUCUAAACACUGAACAGGUUUGGCAUCUCAUUCUGGUUUGUUCUGUUUUUUUUUUGGGGGGGGGGGGGGGGGUUGGUUGGGCGUAAUGGGAUUAGAAUCUGACGUUAAACUUAUUGGGAACAGUUUCUAAAAUGAUCCUUUUUUUUUUUUAACAAAGUUCUACUGAAUAGAGUGAAAGUGGAACAAAUUCCCUUUUCUUUAAAAAAAAAAAAAAUAAUAAUAAUAAUAAAUCAAACGUGUGGACACAGAUACCUAUGUUCUCUACAUUUUUUUUUUUCUCAGUUUUUGUUUCCUGAAUAAGCACUGAGAAUUCCUUUACAUACUAAACUCAGUAUGUGAAGAAGCACUUGAAAGAAAUUGUUCCUAAUAUGUUUAGACAGAUCUCACAAGCCAAGAUGGGGUAGGUACAGCAUUAGUUUGUACCCUUCAAGAAAUACUGUAGUGGAAUAUAACUUCUCUAUCUGAAGGAUAGGGGUCCAACUGCUGGGACCCUCUCCGAUCUCCUGUACAGCACCACGGCAGUCUGCAGGAAGGGGGCGUUUCGUGUCCCACAUGAUGCGACUGCCAACACUCCCCCUACAUGUAGUCCAUAGAGCUACAUGGAGGGGGGCGUGUCUGUUACGGCUUCCUGCGGGGUUGGCACAGCGCUUCCUGCGGACUGCCACGGUCCCAUACAGGAGAUCGUAAGGGGUCUCAGUGGUUGGACCCCGUUCGACUUUUAAAUUAUCCCUCAUCAUUCGGAUAGAGAAGUUAUAUUCCUUUAGAGUAUUCCUUUAAGUUGGUGGGUGGGGGUGGGUAAUCAUUUGUAUGUCAACAGUUUUAACACAAAGCAGUUUAACAUCUGAUGGCAGACAAAUUAUAAACCCUGAUUUCAGUGACUCGUCCUCCUGGUGUUGCGGUCCUGUUGCAACUACAAGAGGAUAUUAAUGCCAUUUUCCAGUCAAACUUCUGUGAUUGGUCGCUGCUUAGCUGCAACCAUAGGACCAUAAACUGUAAUAUCGAAAGUGACUUCAGUAUCCAUGGGGGUUAACUAAGCUGCUACCAUCACUGCUUCCUAUAGAAUGAGAAAAUGGCCCAGUGGAAUUUCCUUUUUUUUUUUUAAUUCUUUGUUGGUUCAGGUGGUCCGACCUAAGUGUGAAGAGAAAUGUUACAAUCUGGAAGUUGUUUUUCUGUUAAUAAAUUUCCACUGGAAAUCACAA